CCUCUUGCUGCUCACCGGAUGCAGGAGGGCGGGGAUGACUUCAAGGUCCAGGAAGGAAGUGGGAAGUUGCCUCUGUCAGCAUCAGCUGCUCCUACGAUUAGAGAUUUUUUUACCCCGGGAGAGACCCCCAGUAGGGUAAAGGUCUGUCCAUGGGGAAGAGCUGCAAAGUGGUUGUGUGUGGCCAGGCUUCGGUGGGAAAGACCUCGAUCCUAGAACAGCUACUGUAUGGUAACCAUGUAGUAGGUUCUGAGAUGAUUGAAACCCAGGAAGACAUCUAUGUGGGUUCAAUCGAGACUGACCGAGGUGUGCGGGAGCAGGUGAGGUUCUAUGACACAAGAGGCCUUCGAGAUGGGGCAGAACUUCCCAGGCACUGUUUCUCCUGUACAGACGGCUAUGUCCUUGUCUACAGCACUAAUAGCCGAGAAUCCUUCCAGAGAGUGGAACUGCUCAAGAAGGAGAUUGACAAAUCAAAGGACAAGAAGGAGGUCACCAUCGUAGUCCUUGGCAACAAAUGUGACCUUCAAGAGCAGCGUCGGGUGGACCCCGAUGUGGCCCAGCACUGGGCCAAGGUGGAGAAGGUGAAGCUGUGGGAAGUCUCGGUGGCCGACCGCCGCUCGCUCCUGGAGCCCUUCGUCUACUUGGCCAGCAAGAUGACUCAGCCCCAGAGCAAGUCGGCCUUCCCCCUCAGCCGGAAAAACAAGGGCAGCGGCUCCUUGGACGGCUGAGCCCCUGCUCUUCGCACCGCCCCUCCCUCAGGCCCCCCAUCCCAAUCCUGCCUCCCCCAGUCCUGGGGGGAGCCGAAUCAGGUGGGCUUCCUGAGGGCGGCCCGGCAGGGCCGCGGUGGGAGGUCGCAGAGAGGCGCCCCCCGCCUCAUCUCUCUCCGCGGCUUCUCCCCUUCCAAAUAGCGCCAGCCGUUGCACAGCCCCCACCCCCCUAACCCCCCAGCCUGAGUGAGAGCGGGCAGGUCAGGCCGCCGCUGGCGGGCUGUGCCCCCCAAAGAGAGCCCCAGGAGCUCCGCCCGCCUCAUGGCCCUGGGAAGGAGAGCCCAGCGGGGGAGCCUGGCACGCAGGGAAGGGGAGAUAGCUCGGGAGGUACCCCCGGUUCACUCGGGUCUCCCCCCGCAGAGCCGCCGCUGGGGAAGCAGAAGCUCCCGCCGAGUCAGGUGCUCCCCUCCGGGCUCUGCUGAGCUUUCCUGCCCCACUGGCCACAGUGCGGGAUGAAGGAGCCCUGGCGGUGGGAGCAGGGGCCGGCCUCCACCCCUGGGACAAAGGGCGUCCCGGUUCUGGUCCUCAGCUGCCUCCGGGAACUCCUUCCAUUCGGGCGCCUCCAGUUAGGAAAGCGCUGCCUUUGACUCAGCCACCAGGGGGCGGCAACACACAGCCCGCGUCAGCUGCUCAGAGCCCUUGCCGGGAGAGCUUGUCCCGGGAACCAGACUGCUGCACACAGGGACCCGCCUCCUACCCGGGGACAGAUUUAUGGCUUCUGCAAGCCCGCCGCUUCCCACUCUGGGUGGCUGGGACUUUCUUAAUAUUUAAUUUUAACCUGUACUGCAUUUCUAAUUACCCCUACCUCCCAUAAUGAAGGCUAUACAUGAUGUGUGCUCUAUAACUAUCCCACCUUCCAUCAUGAAUAUACAUGACCUAUACUGUAUCAACUAUCCCUACCUCCCAUAAUGAAGAAUAUACAUGACAUAAACUGUAUAACUGUUCCUACCUCCCAUAAUAAAUAUACAUGACCUAGACCGUA